UUCUCUGUGCUGUAUUUGGGCAGGUGACACAGGGCACACAUACAACGAUCCUACUAUGUAGGUUAUGUUCUAUCAUACUUUCCAUCAAUGCUUGACAGAUUGUAUUAAUAGUUGUGCCACUCGCUAUGUGGACAAACUGCAAUCUCAACAUUUCUUAGCUCCGGUGAAUAUAUCCACGCCUUGCUGACAUUUAGACUUUGAAAACGCCAUUCAUUUCCUAGUUAUUUAAAAUAGUGUAACAUACUGAGAACCAACAGCAGCUCAAUUCAGCCUCACAUAGGAAUUGUGGGGAAAUCGCUCACAAGUUGAGAAAAAAAGCAAAAAAGAAAGAGCACACCUUUCCCCGCAAUGGCAGAACACGGGGAGGCAUGUGAAGCAGCGGAAGCCACUUCCUACUGCAUGAAUGGCGGAACAUGCUACAGAAUUCCCUCCAUGUCCACACUCGCCUGUGUGUGUAACAGCGGUUUCAAGGGCAGCAGAUGUGAGGAAUUACAGCUGUUAAGCAGAUCCCAGACCAAUGAGAAUGGAGGUCUGAUUGCAGCGGUGGUAAUCGUCGUCUUUCUCAUCCUCGUGCUUCUGAUUAUCAUUAUCUACUACGCCUACAAAAUGUGGAGGAAGAGUCAUGAGAACAGCAGCAGAACAACAGAGUAUGGAAGAGUGAAGCCCAUUCAGUGAGGAAGACCUCUGGGGAAAACAUUUUAGUUUGUGCCUGGCUUGAACUUUAAUUCGGAGAAAGCUGCAAAUACAGUUACGAAUUUAAGGGAUUAUUAGUAUUUGCAAAUAGCUUCUCCCUUGUGCCUCUGCUGCUCCUCACGUGCACACAUGCAGACACUCUUACCUGUGACCCAGUUGUCACAUUCCACCCCACUGACUCUCUGCUGCCUUUGCCUGCUCUAGUAUUGUUGAGCCCAAGAGGUGACCACCACAAACUGAUGUCUAUUCUUGUGUGUACCCUCUUUCGACGAGAAUCAAACACCACAACAAGGUUCUGUAAUAUUUCCAUCCAUCCAUUAUCAGAUGUGCAAAGGUUUACCCUAAUAGUGAAUAUUGUCUUAAUGUAAGCACCAACAGUAACCUUUUUUUGUCAUGAUUUGGAAAAAUACUACUAAUAUGCAAUUUUUUUAUCACAAAGGAAAAUACGUAAAAUCAGUGAAAUUCACAUAAAUAUUCUUUCAUGGUAUAAAUAGGUCUGACUACCAACAUUUUAGAAGUCAGUUUAGCAGUUUGCAUUGUACAUACAGGCUUCUGUCGCAUGAGUGUAAUUCCUGAAAAUCUGCUCAUAAGGUGAAUUCUCAAGAAACAAUUACUGGUCAAAUGGCAAACAUAAAUGAAUUCCUAAAAAAUAAAAGCUGAUCUACUUUUCACCAGACCUGUAAAAUUCCUGCCGUACCUGUUAAACAUAGGGACACUGUAAUUCAAAACAGCCUCUGCUCUGCUUUUUGUGAAAUAUAAUAUGCAAUAAAUGA